AUGAGUUUUAAUCUGGACGACCCCUUAGCAGGGAUUCUAAGUGAUGGCAGCGACGACAGUUUCUUUGAUGACGACAUCCUGGGGAAGAAGAAACCCGCGAAAAAAAAGUCUACACCCAUAGCCGAAAAGAAAACAAUAUUAUUUGAUUUAGGAGAUGGUGAUACGCGUAAACACUUAAAUUUGAAUGAAAGAAAAGAUUCACUGUUUGAUCUCGGAAUAUCAGAUAACAAAAAAAUAUCAGUCGUUGAACAGGAUAAAAUUUCCAAAACUGAAAAUAUAAAAUCUCCUGGGCCUGUAAAGAAAACAGUUUCAAGAGAGCCAAUAAAAAUACUUACAGAACCUAAAACAAAACUUACUGCAGAAAAGUAUGACCCAAUUGCUUCACCAGCUAAAUCUAGAGUAAGUGCUAGUGUAGAUAAGCUUGAUAUACUGGGUGAUCUAACUGAGUCAAGAAAAGACCUCCCAAAACCGUUGGAAAGGGGCAAAAGUUCUCAAUCAUUACUUGAUGAUAUUUUAGGAGGAUUACCCGCUAAAACAGGUGGAUCCACUCAGGUAACAAAACCACCAACUACAGUUACGAAAAGUCAAGAUUUUGAUUUAGAUUCAAUUUUAGGUAAAAAUGAACUAAAGCAAACCACUGCCCCAUCCAAAAAUGUAUCCCAAAAACAAAAUGUCAAAGUUGAAGCUCCAAAAGAAGACAUUACAAAGAAACAAAAGCCUAGUGAAGAUUGGCUUGGUAUAUUCCAAAAUAAAGACUUUGAUGAAGGUGAAGAUGACGCGGGUAUGCCUGCCUGGUUAGUCGGAGACUCUAAAAAGAAGAAACCUGUUGAUAAAGAAAUGAAAUCGAAGGAAGAUGCUUUGGACGAGAAACCUAAAGAAAUAACCGAGCAAAUAGACAAAACUAAGUCAAUUAGUCAAACUGCUGAAGAAAAAGAACCGCGGGUUGAUUUAACCUUGGAGCAGCUAACAAAGACUAUUCCUCCAGCUAGUGUAUUGCGAGUUAGUAACGAAGACAUAACUGCAGAGAGUGCGGCGUUAUAUUUUCAGCAACAAGAGUCCCAGUUGAUGGUUGCAAUGCAAUUGAAAGAACAGGAAGAAAAACUAGCUGCGAUGCAAAUGCGCCAAAAAGAAGUGCAGCGUAUGCAACGUGAAGCAACGCAGGCACGUCAUGCUCAAUUGGACUCUAUUUUGCAGCGCCAAGCAGCACAGAGGCAACAGAUGCAGACCAUCAUUUCAGCUCACCAAGAACGAAUCACUCAGCGCAUUAAGGCUCUAUUGAGUUCCUCGACUAAUAUCUUGGAUGACGAAGAAAAAUCUCAUCAAUCUGAUGAUGAAAAUUAUAGCACUCGUGGCGAAAAAGCAGAAAGCCCACAUAUGAAGGAAAAGAAACAGUUACUGCAGUUGGUUCAGUUCCUUCAAGAGAACCAUGAUAAAGAAAUAGACCUUAUGGAAAGUUCUUAUAGACGCCAGUUGACGUUUCUAGAAGUUUCAAUCAAUCAAUCCGAAGAGAGAAUGAAAGAAGAAAGUGACAAAUUAAUCAAAUUCUACACAGAAAAGAUAAAUUGGAUGAAAGAACAUCACCAACUGUUCAAGAAACUUACAGAAGACAAUAUGACUUCUUUGAUCGAUCGACAUAAUAGUGAAAAUGAGAUGCUGAGACAACAGCAUUUGGAGAAUAUAAGAAUCUUGCAAGAACAUCAUGCAACUUUAAUGGAAAAUGUUAAAAAUGCUGUAAAACAAGAGCAAGUUCUCAUCAAAGACUCAGCAGGUUUCUCUUCAGAUUUACAUGAAUUAGUUAUCGAUGUUAAAGAAAACCGAUCACGAUGCCAGCAAUUAGUAGAAAAAGUUCAACUGUUGACUGAACAUACGCAGCGAGAUACAGAAAAAGGUUUGCAAACUCGUGAGACCCAUAUUGAUGCUAUGAUUCAACAGUUAAAAAAAGAAAGAGAAUAUUUCGAUUCUGAAAAAACAGAAAGCAGAGAGGUAGUUAAAAUGUUAGAAACAAGACUUAAGCAGAUGACGACGAUGAUAGAGGAAGAAACAGCAUUACUGAAGCAAAAGAAAUUGGAAUUCGAAUUUGAGAAAGCUACUUUCAAUAAACAAACUGAAUUUGCUAAGAACAUCUUUAAAAGACAAGACGACGAACUUAAGCUGUUAAAAGAAGAUAUUCAAAGGGAAUAUAAAGAGAAAAUAGCAAAAAUUGAAGAAGAAAAAGCAAAGGCUAUUAAAGACAGCGCAGUUGUUGCCAAAGAGAAAGCUUCUAUUCAGAGUUUAAAACAGGAACUUGAGAAAACUAAAGCAGAACUGAACGCUCAAUUAGAGGAAGUUACGGAAGAACGAUCGAAAAUAAACUUGGAAAAGCAGCAACUGCAUAUGGAAGAACAAAGAGUGAUGGCAAAGAGUCGUGAUUUAGAUUUGCUUGCUCGAAAUGCAGUAGAAAAGCAAACCCAAGCCGAUAAAAGAUUUGCCGAAGCCGAAUUCAUUCAAAGAAAAUAUGAAGAUCGAAUAAGAAGAAUUCAAGAACACGUCGUAUCUCUCAACGGUAGAGAAAAACAGAUUGCUAAGGAAAAAGUAGCUUUAUCAAGGGAAAGGUUGAGUCUUCAUAAUGAACGGAAACAAUUAGAAAGUGGGCAGCAAUGUUCUCUUUGUAAAUCUAAUCAAAAUAUUUCUGCGUAUAAUUUUGACCCAGCAUAUGUCUUGCCAGAAACUUACUUGCCAGUGGCUAGAGAUUACGGUAGUACAACUAUGAAUUCUGCCUUGACCGCUAUAGAGCAAGAAAUGGCACACCUUAUGAGUAGGAAUUUCAGUCUUAGACACGCUGCUGUGAUUGGAUCUGGUCCUAAUGAAAGAUAUAGUGAAAGGACGACUGGUCAAGAUAAUGCUCAAGCUACACAGUCCAUUCCAAUUGAUUCUGGAGCCUUUAAAGAUUACAUGGAUCCCAAAUUCAUGAUGCUUCGUUUAGACGUCCAGCAAGUUUUAAGCAAUUUGGAUCAGAACAAGAAAGAAGACACGGAAAUCGUUGAAGAACACCAAGAGUAGCGCUGGUCACUACUAGUGUAAGCUGUAAAACUUCUGUGUAUCUAAAUAAAAGACUGAAUUCGUGAAUUAGAAUUGAUUUAAUUUAUAUUGACUGUUAUAACAUGUUUCUUCAAAAUUACACUACGAUUGUUAUCAAAAUUUACACAAAUGCCUAACGUCUACAUGCUAACUUAGAACUAUAAAUAUCUCAUUGUAAAAAUAGGUAC